AUGAUACCGGAAAUAGUCCAAUGCUCUGAAGUUAAUGAUUUUAUAGAAGAUAUAUCAUUCCAACAAGAACCUAUUCAAGAAACAUUUAGCCAACAACCACGCGAUAAUCUUUCACCAACUCAACAAGCAUUGAAUCAACUAGAAUCUAUGGAUCAAGUAUCCUCCCAAAAAGCCUCUACUUCCUUACAGCAUGCUUCGAUCUUACAGCCAUCGUUCACUAACAUACCAAGCAUGAAACAAUCAUCCACACAGCAAACAUUCGUUCAACAAACAUCUAUCUACCAAUCGUCCGUUAGCAGUCAGCAGCAAUCAUCAAUAUAUACAACUCCCCAAAAACAGUCUAUUACAAUAACUGAAGAUAUUAAAAUAGGUGCAGAUAAUCUUAUGCAAAUCAAAUUACCGUUGGCUAAGGAUGCCAAUAUGAUUAAACUACAAGAUAUUUUGAUACUACCUAAAACGCCACAAAGAAAAGGGAUAAAAAAUACCAAGAAGACGCCUUUUGUAUUAACAUCGGCCGAAUGGAAAGUUCAGGAAAAUGAAAAGAUAAAAAUUAAAGAGAGAAAGCAGAAGGCGUUAGAAAGAGAAAAGAAGAAAGAGAACUCAAGAAAUUGGAAAAAGAGAAAAAAGUGGUAA